AUGUGGGAUCAGACCAAAGCCAUGGGCAGGAAGGAACCCUCCAGGGAAAACAUCCUCAAGGAAAGUGGACAUGGAGCAUCUGUCAAAACAACACCUCGUAAGAAGUACCAAAAGAGAGCCACGGCAGCCAGAGUACGUGCCUGGGAUGCUUCUUCUGGACGUGUACUCAGUCCAGUCCAGCCGUACAGCGGAGUCUUCAAGGCUCUUCAGCAACGGAAGGCUGAGCUCGCUAGCGUGUCCAAGUCCCCUGACGUUGUUGCCAUAAGCCCCAGUGAAUACCAUGGACACCCUCAGCAGCCUGGCUCAGGGUUUGACACACCAGAAUGUUUCAUGAGUUCAUCCCUCAGGUAUCAGCUGGUGGAACGACUGAAUUCCGAUAUCGUCUAUGUCACUGACUUCACCCAAGAAUCGGACGAAGAGGUCAUUGAUCUGUUGGGGCUGGACAGUACAGAUCAUGAUGCACGCCAAUCAGACAGUGUGGUACCAACACCAAGCCUAGAUCGCAACCCGUUGGAAGACUCCAGUCCAACCUGCCUCCGAGAUGUGAGCAUCCCACCCCCUACAGGCACCAUCUCACCCCCGUCCCUUGCCCGACAUAGCAGCAUGGGAUACGAUGAAUCACCUGAACUCUUCAAGGGAUUCAGAUCGCUCUGGCUGAAAGAUACAAAGACAGAGAGCUGCAUUGUUGUGGACCCUGGACCUGAUAUCGAGACAUACCAACCCAAUGAGGAUAGUUUCUCAGGCUACACUCGCCAGAUGAGACGUGACCUGGAAAAUACCGAACUGAUGGAGCAAGAGGAAGAUCUCUUUGAAGCUGACCUGGGCGACAUGCGGCACCUGGACCCCGCUCUCCAGCUCCCGUCAUCGUCCCUUGACAGCCAAGACUACAUCGUCCUCCUUCGCAGGGAUGAGAUUGACGAACUGGACAGUAUCAGUGUGGUCAGUGACACCGAGGACAACCGGGCUAGUCCUCGCUUCAAGAAGAAGUCUGUGAAACCUGCAGAGGUAGCGGCCGACGGGUUGAUCACUCCAGCUUUGGCAUCUUUUGCGACCUCGGCACUCAGCAUGAAACACACAAGGCCUACGAACCUGAGGCCGCAGAGGAAGAGGAGGAAAAACAUACGACUCAAUCUGCCAAAAGCUCCAAGGAAUUCUGGUGAAGACGAGGAUGACCUUAACAUUUGGAAGUUCACGCAGGCUGCACUGAAUGAGAAAGACGUCUUGGGAUUUCUUCCUACUGACACCUCUUAUGCGUUUAUUACAAACAACUACUAG